GACUUUUCAAUUCUCUGAGUAAAAUAAUAAAAUUAGAAUGAGAUAGCAGAGGCCUUGAGAUCCUGAGGCUCUCUGACCGCUACUCGCAACGCUGGCGCUUCUUCUCUUCCUAGCAAGUCCACUUCCGGGAAGGCGAGCUCUCCCCCUCCUCCGGAAGGGGGCGAGGUCGGGGCGGAGCAAGCAGAACUGGGCGGGACGCGCUGGACUCUUCCGGUUACGUGUGCAACCUUGGUGCUCUGACGUUGCAGGAUAUCCGGUCUCUCGCCCACUGUUGGAAACGGGCUGUGUCUGCCAUUCCGGCCCGCGGCUUGGCCUCGCCUCUGCGUCCUCGGCCACUGAGAAAGAAGGGAACAUGCCGAAAAAGAAGACUGGAGCAAGGAAGAAGGCAGAAAACCGCCGCGAACGAGAGAAACAACUCAGAGCAUCAAGAAGUACCGUUGACCUAGCCAAGCACCCGUGCAAUGCUUCAAUGGAAUGUGACAAGUGUCAGAGGCGGCAGAAGAAUAGAGCAUUUUGCUAUUUUUGUAACUCUGUUCAGAAGUUACCAAUCUGUGCACAGUGUGGAAAGACCAAGUGCAUGAUGAAGUCUUCAGACUGCGUCAUCAAGCAUGCUGGCGUGUACAGCACUGGCCUCGCCAUGGUGGGCGCAAUAUGUGACUUCUGCGAAGCAUGGGUUUGCCACGGGAGGAAGUGUCUUAGCACCCACGCCUGUGCCUGCCCACUCACAGAUGCAGAGUGUGUGGAGUGUGAGCGAGGGGUGUGGGACCACGGAGGCAGAAUAUUCAGCUGUUCAUUUUGCCAUAAUUUUCUCUGUGAAGAUGACCAGUUUGAGCAUCAGGCCAGCUGCCAAGUUUUAGAAGCGGAAACAUUUAAAUGUGUUUCCUGUAAUCGACUUGGCCAGCACUCAUGUCUCCGAUGUAAGGCUUGUUUCUGUGAUGAACAUACAAGGAGCAAAGUGUUUAAGCAAGAAAAAGGGAAACAACCUCCGUGCCCUAAAUGUGGGCAUGAAACGCAGGAGACAAAGGAUCUUAGCAUGUCAACACGCUCCUUGAAAUUUGGCAGGCAGACUGGAGGAGAAGAAGGAGAUGGAGCUUCUGGGUAUGAUGCUUACUGGAAGAACCUGUCGUCGGACAAGUAUGGAGAUACUGGAUACCGUGAUGAGGAGGAGGAGGAGGAGGAAGCAGAGGAUGAUGAAGAGGACGAUGGGAAGGACUCAGAUGCUGAGUCAUCAGAUCUGUUCAAUAAUUUGAACUUAGGAAGGACCUAUGCCAGUGGCUAUGCUCACUAUGAGGAGCAGGAGAACUAGGAGCCGCUCCUUGUUGGCGCUUGUGGGAAGAGCAGGCUGAAUCAUGAGGAUGCUCAGACGUACCCCCCUUGGUCUUGUCCAAAAGGCCUGUCACACUAGGCUCGGGUAGGUUCUAACAGUUUCAUAGGAACUGCUCUGUGAACUUGCAGUGUACAUCAAAUGAGUUAAAUGUAAGACAAAUGGAGUAUCAUGGAUUGGAUUAUUACUGAGUUCAAUAAUCUGGUGCGUUUUACCAGUUAGGAACAUAAUAAACUACAUGAUAAAGGAAUAGAAAGGAAAUAUAUUUAUUUGAAAUGAAAUUACUGUCUUUAUUAAAGGCACUGCUUAUAAAUUCAUGUCUGAUUUUACAAAGUGUAACGGGUAAAAUUACUGUAUUCUUCGUCUAUUUCAAUCCAUACACGAUAGUCAUGUUACAUUCUGUUUCUCACUGACUUGACGCUGUGUAAUAUUCACAUCUGCAUUCGUGGUUGGCAUGUUCACUGUUUGCGUACAAUGCGUGUCCUCUGCAGUGCUUCAUAAUGGCAGGACUAGUGUUGCUGAUACUUCACCUAGGGAACCUGAGAUUAAAAUAAACUUAGUAUUAUAUACUUGAAUACUUUUGAUACUGAGUUCUU